AUGGACCAGGGACAAUCCGACGAGAUGAUCGAUUCUUACAUUGCUCGCGAUCAUUCGCUCGCUGGCUUUGACCGUUCCAACUUUACUCCUGACGUCUACAAGUAUGAGGCGCCAUCUUCGGGCCACAUCGUUGGCGGAUUCUCGGUUGCAGACUGCCCUGACGAGGGCCUCUUGUCUUGGAGCACCGUAGCGGCGAGCUUCUUCGACAACGGAUACCACACCGCCACAGGAAGCGGGUGGCGACCGAGUUCGUCGGCUGCGCAGGUGCAUCUUGGGAUCGGUUCGGUACUGCGCUGGCUUUCUGUGCAUUCUACGUUGCUGACGGAGGGUAUCCGCGCUAUGCAACAGUCGUUCGAGAAGCAUUCCAGCAGGUAG